AGGCGCUGCGUCCCGCCGCGCCUGUGCGGGCCCGCGGGGCUGCGGGAGCCGCUCUUGGACACCGCGAGCGGUGACUCCCCGCCGCUCCCGGGGGCUGUGACGGAGAUGCCUACUUAGAAGAGUGACAGCAGCUGGUCUACAUGUUUCAGUGCUAAACUGGUUCCUCAGGUAUCCUGGCUCUGGAAAUUGCUAUGGGAGAUUGGAUGACUAUUACAGAUCCAGGUCUGUCUGCAGAAAGUAAAAAUCUCUCUCAAUAUACCUCAGAAACAAAGAUGUCUCCAUCAAGUCUAUAUUCACAGCAAGUGCUAUGUUCUUCAAUACCUUUAUCAAAAAAUGUGCACAGCUUUUUCAGUGCCUUCUGCACAGAAGAGAAUAUUGAACAAAGUAUUUCAUAUCUUGAUCAGGAAUUGACCACUUUUGGUUUUCCUUCAUUAUAUGAAGAAUCCAAAAGUAAAGACACAAAAAGAGAAUUAAAUAUAGUUGCUGUUUUGAAUUGUAUGAAUGAGCUACUUGUACUUCAGCGGAAAAACCUUCUAGCUCAGGAAAAUGUGGAAACAAAAAAUCUGAAACUGGGAAGUGAUAUGGACCAUCUGCAGAACUGCUAUGCAAAACUUAAGGAACAACUGGAAACCUCCAGGAGGGAAAUGAUUGGGCUUCAGGAGAGAGACAGACAAUUGCAAUGCAAAAACAGGAAUUUGCAUCAGCUCCUGAAAAAUGAAAAAGAUGAGGUACAAAAAUUACAAAAUAUCAUUGCAAGCCGAGCUACUCAGUAUAAUCAUGAUAUGAAGAGAAAAGAACGUGAAUAUAAUAAGCUAAAGGAACGUCUGCAUCAACUUGUUAUGAACAAGAAGGAUAAAAAAAUAACCAUGGACGUUUUAAAUUAUGUGGGGAGAGCUGAUGGAAAAAGAGGCUCCUGGAGGACUGGUAAAACAGAAGCCAGGAAUGAAGAUGAAAUGUACAAAAUUCUCUUGAAUGAUUAUGAAUAUCGUCAGAAACAAAUCCUAAUGGAAAAUGCUGAACUUAAGAAGGUUCUUCAGCAAAUGAAAAAGGAAAUGAUUUCUCUUCUUUCUCCCCAAAAGAAGAAACCUAGAGAAAGAGCAGAUGAUAGUACAGGAACUGUUAUCUCUGAUGUUGAAGAAGAUGCUGGAGAACUAACCAGAGAGAGUAUGUGGGACCUAUCUUGUGAAACUGUGAGAGAGCAGCUUACAAACAGCAUCAGAAAACAGUGGAGAAUUUUGAAAAGUCAUGUAGAAAAACUUGAUAAUCAAGUUUCAAAGGUACAUUUAGAAGGUUUUAAUGAUGAAGAUGUGAUAUCACGACAAGACCAUGAACAAGAAACUGAGAAACUGGAGUUAGAAAUUCAGCAAUGUAAAGAAAUGAUUAAAACACAGCAGCAACUUUUACAGCAGCAGCUCGCUACUGCAUGUGACGAUGAUACCACUUCACUAUUACGAGACUGUUAUUUGUUGGAAGAAAAGGAACGCCUCAAAGAAGAAUGGUCCCUUUUUAAAGAGCAAAAAAAGAAUUUUGAGAAAGAAAGACGAAACUUUACAGAAGCUGCUAUUCGCCUGGGAUUGGAGAGAAAGGCUUUUGAAGAAGAAAGAGCCAGUUGGUUAAAACAGCAGUUUUUAAAUAUGACUACAUUUGACCACCAGAACUCAGAAAAUGUGAAACUUUUCAGUGCCUUCUCAGGAAGUUCUGAUCGGGACAAUCUUAUAGUGCACUCAAGGACACAGCAGAAGAAGCCUCACAGUGUGUCUAAUGGGUCUCCAGUUUGCAUUUCUAAACUGACUAAAUCUCUUCCUGCUUCACCUUCUACUUCAGACUUUUGCCCAACACCUUCCUGUGUAUCUGAACAUAGUUCAAUCAAUGUACUGAAUAUAACUCCUGAAGAAACUACACCAAAUCAGGUUGGAAGAGAAUGUACAAAUCAGAAGUGGAGCAUAGCAUCAAGACCUGGGUCACAGGAAUGUUGCUACAGUGGAUGCUCCUUGACCUAUACAAAUUCUCAUGUGGAAAAAGAUGACUUACCCUAGAUGUGUGGAUGGGAUUUUUUUUUUUUUUUCAUUAACAUGUUCAUCAGAUUUCACAUCUAAGUUGAAACAGGGUAUGCCAUAAAGUCAGUCAUCUCUAAUAAUUCAAGAUGGUCUGAGUUGUUUGUUUGGAUUUCCCUGUCUUCCCCCAAAGAGCUGAAAUGCUAAAUGUCUUUAAAAGGAUAUAAAAGCUUUGGAUAUGUAUUUUUAGUAACAGAAACAUCUGGUUCUGUGAAUAAAGGAAUGUAUAGAUGUUUGGAUGGAAACAAAGCACUAGAAUGAGUUUCCUCUUUAUAGGUAUUAAAAAUAGCACUUUUAGGAAACUGAUUAUUGUAAAUGUUUAAUUUUUGUCCCAAAUAUAGUUGGCAUUGGAAGUUUAACCUUUACUUGAAUGUAUACUGUAGAUUUUUAACAAAGCAAGUUCUAUAUUUAUUAUGUUUAGUGUGAUUUUGAAAUUACCUCUUUCAUGUUUUAAAUAAAAUGAAAUUUAUGUAUGUUUUGUACAUAGAUAUACAUGAUUAUGUUAAGAGGCUUUAAGACUUAAAAACUUCUACACAACCAUGAGUACAGUAAAAUUUUCAGUUGUAUUCUGUUUACAGGUGUGUUAGGACCAUUGCCACAUUGCAUUUAAGGUUUUGUGUUUUUUUUUUAUCCAUAUGGGCAAUAAAUAUUCGAAAAUCUGUUCCAUGAAGCUGAGUUCUUUAGAUAAUCAACAUUACUAACAUUACAUUUUUGAGAUUUUUUACAGCAUUAGAUUUUUAUUUUAUAUACAUAGGAUAUUAUAAUUUUUAAAAGAUUUGAUUAUAGAGUAAUGGGGAGUAAUGGGGCAAGUCAACGAAAGUACCUUUGAAUAACAAUUUUGAGAGCAUUGAUUUAAGAUAUUUGGAUGAUAAAGAUAUUUAAGAUGGAUGGUGAUAUUUUCCUUAUUAGAUGGGUACCAGUAAGGUAAUAAUCUAUAUCAGCUAGGACUUUAUAUCAUUGACAAUAAUUUUUUAAUAAUUUUUCAAUGAAAUAUUUACCACUAAUGAUAAGUAAAUAUGGCAGUACAAAAGUAUUGAAUUUUAUAAUCCAGAUAUGAUACUCUGGACAGUCUUGUGUCAUUUCAUUUUCAGAACAAUCUUAGGCUCUUUUGUCUCUGUAAUGUUUCUGAUAGCAUGUUCUUCAUGAACAGUAAAUUAUUAUUGAUAGUAAUAAUAAUACUUGUAGGCCCAAGCUCUU